AGGAUAAUAGGGGGCGGGGGACUUUCCGCAGACACUUCCUGGUUUUAGUUCAGAAGGAAUCAAAGCGGCGAGGAAGGAGGAGGGAAGAGGGGUUUUCGCAGGACCAAAGGAAAUACUAAGAUGAAUUCUGCAGUCAUGUACUCCUCCUGCCAGCCUUCACAAAGGAGUAAGAGAAUGUAUUAUAUCCUGGUUGAAGAUGAACCCUAUGGCAGUAAGCUAUUUCCUGCAGGAAGCAUGUGCUACUUGGAUGAACUGUCUUACUUGCGGUAUAUGAGCAUGCAGUCUACUCGUUUUUGGAGGUUCAUCAUGGAAGAAGACGGCUCUGUUGUCACCAUGAGUGUUGAGAGGUUGCAGCUGCUGAAUGAGAAGAUAGCUGACUUCCUUUUGGCCGUCACCAAUGUUCGGGAACGGUUUAACUGCUUUCUGCAGAAGCACCUUCUGGAUGCUGCCAUGAACGCUCGACUUGGUCAACAAGUCUUGGUAGAAUUGAACCAUCAGACUUUCUCUGGCACCAUCUGCUAUAUUGGGAAGUUUCAUGGAAAUCAUUUGCCAUAUGGACACUGCCCUGUCUACUUUGGAGUAGAGUUGCAGGGUGAUGGGGAAGGCAAAGGCCACUGCGAUGGUUCCUAUAACGGGACGGGAUACUUCAAGUGUAAACAGGAUUGCGGCAUUUUUGUGCCGUUUAACAAACUCCGGUUUCUGCAAGGGCCGGAGAAUGGAAAGGGGAACGGGGCGGAGAAACUGGAUGAAGCCCAGGAGAUGCCGGUGAAAGUGGGGGACGCCAUUGGCUUCUAUGUGGAUGAUGCCUUCACACGCGGGAUUGCCAUGGAUGUAUACAAAGAGGGGGGCAUAUGGAUGGUUAAAGUGUGUACGGAAGAAGUCGGGUCAACAGACAAUUUCCGAGUUAUCCCCAUGGAUUACGUGGUGAAAGAGGAGCUUCUGUCUCCAGGGCUUGAGCUAGACACCGAUUUUGGACCUUUUCAAGAACAGCCGAAGCAGAUGGGAAGUGAGAGCGCAGAAGAGAAGGAAAGCAAGCCACCCUUGAGCAUCAACUCCGUGGUUCAGAUUAACCUAGAGAAGGGGAGCGCAGUCACGGGAACAAUCCGCUGGAUUGGCUGCCUGCCUAAAACUCAGCAGAAAAUGGCUGGGAUAGAGCUGGAUGAAGAGAAAGGAGUUUCAGAUGGUGAGUUUGAGGGCGUUCGCUAUUUCCUCUGCCCCCCAAAGCGGGGGCUCUUUGUGAAGAUGGAGGUGUGCCAGCCGGACAGACGCUUUCACCCUAAGGACCUGAUCUCCCAAGAGCCUAUUGAGCUGGAAAAAUACUCCAGUGCACCGGAUGCGCCGGAUGCAGUGCUGAGCAACUCCCCUCCCCUCCGGGACGACAUGGCGGUGAACAUCCUGCACGGGCGGAUGCGGGGCAUCCAAGGACAUUGCAACUCUUGCUACAUGGAUGCCGCGCUUUUCAGCCUCUUCUCUUGCACUUCCGUACUGGAUUCCAUGCUCUUCAUGCCGGCCCUCCCUCGGGAUUGGCACGUCCAGAAGAUCCUCCGAGACAAAAUUGUCAACCCUCUCAGGCAGAAUGGCUUUGUGGCCGCAAAAAGUGUGAUGGACCUCCGGCGCCAGUUGACGGAGAAGGGGGAGUGCUCCAGCUUUGCCACAUCUGAGAAAGACCCGGAGGAGUUCCUCAAUCUCAUUAUGCAUCACAUCCUGGGGAUAGAGCCACUUCUGAAACUGCAGUCCGGGGGCCUCAAGGAGCAAGAGUGCUACUGUUACCAGAUCUUCAUGGACAAGCAGGAGGACUUGGUGGUGCCCAACGUUCAGCAGCUGGUGGAGCAUUCCUUCCUGUCAUCCGAUCUCAAGCUGGUGGAGAUCCCGUCCUGCUUUAUCAUUCAAAUGCCACGUUUUGGGAAAGAAUACAAAAUGUUCAGCAAAAUCGUCCCUUCCUUGGAGUUGGACAUCACUGACCUGCUUCUGGAUAGUCCCCGGGAGUGCUUUGUGUGCGGAGACGUCGCCACCCAGGAAUGCUCUGCCUGCUUCAGAGACAAGAGGUUUGCAGACGUGGGGCUGAAGCAGUACUGCGACUCUUGCUGCAGCCAGGUCCACUCUCACUACCAUCGCAAAGGCCACCCGACCACCAAGCUGCACAUCCCCCAGGAGUUUCGCCGGGACGGCUCUUGCGGCGGAGUGCGGGUCCCUCGGGAGAAGCUGGAGCUCUUCGCCGUGCUCUGCAUCGAGACCAGUCACUACGUCUCCUUCGUGAAGUACGGGCCGGAGAAAGAGAACUGGAUGUUUUUCGACAGCAUGGCCGACAGGCACGGUGACGAGAAUGGCUACAACAUCCCCACGGUGACCCUGUGCCCGGAGGUGGCCAAGUACCUGGAGAUGCCGGUGGCCACCUUGGCCAUGCAGCAGCCCAGGGAGAUGGAGGGGGUGGCCAAGCGCCUCUUCUGCGACGCCUACAUGUACAUGUACCAGAGCAAGAAGAUGGCACUUUACAAGUGACGGCUGGGUCGCGUUGUGUCACCAACCAUGGAACAGAGAGGAUGAGGCUCCUCAAGAGUUAUUCCUCCAUCGUUUUCUUCUGAAACUUCACUUGUCCUGGUUGCUACUUUUGCAGAGCUACUUUUGAUGACAGGAGUCCGUGAAACAAUCCCUGAUUUGUCAGCAACCGUGGUAGAUCAUCAUCUCCGCUUCUGGAUCUACUGAGCCUUCCUCGCAUGUUGUUGGCAAUAGCAUGACCUGAUACUGUGAAAGCAGGACCCUGAGGCCGGGCUGGGACUGAGGCUGUUGGUGCGGUGGCACUGAAUUAGGAAGAGGUCCAGCCUGGUUUUCCUCACCUGGGUUCUGUGAAUCCAAAUCUUCAAUAGUUUCCCCUUCUCUGUAUAAAAACAUCUCAGGCAAACAAACUCUUUCAGCUUCUGGGUCUGACCUGGAAUCGUAAGGGACCAGCAAACAACUACUGAAUUGCACAUUGGGCUUGUCUGUAUUCUGGGUCUAUUAUGUGUAGCUGGCACAAUUGCACAUUGGGCUUGUAUUUUAUUAUGUGUAGCUGGCACACAAAUGGCCACUUUAGCUUUCUACAGCCCCCAAGUUUAGGUGCCAAGUGAGACUUUACAAUGAAGCUUGUUGGCAGUGAGGUUUCUGGCUCUGGCGAAAUGUUUAGGGGGAAAUAUUUACUAGUCUGUGGAAGUUUCCCCACCUUUUGUGCUUCAACCUUUCCAAUACUUACAGCAGGCAUGGUUCAACUUCGGCCCUCGCUCCAGGUGUUUUGGACUUCAACUCCCACAAUUCCUAACAGCCGGUAGGCUGUUAGGAAUUGUGGGAGUUGAAGUCCAAAACACCUGGAGCGAGGGCCGAAGUUGGACCAUGCCUGCAAUAGACCUACUGUGGCUGUGUAAUUAAUUUUAGCACUUCCUAAUUUUGACUGGGAUUUAAAGGUACAUAAUAAUUUUAAUAUAUACCUAUAUAUUGAUAAAUUAAAAGAACUGUUGCUGCUUUCUGUCAAGCAAUUGGUGUGCAAUAAAACCAGGGUGAGGAGAGGACAAAGUGCCUUACAUGCAGGGAUUGUGUAUCUGUGAUUGUCACCAGUGUUUCUGCACUUUUGGGGAUGUCGCUCUGGUGCUUCUGAAUCAUAUCCGCAAACUGUUUGAACCCAUGGUCUCUCAGAGACAAACCAAUGAAUGCAAGUCCCUUGGCAAUAAACAUGGCUAUGUCACGACUGUUCCGUCCAAAAAACUAGGUCUCGAGAUCCUACUUAGGUGGAACCGUCUUCUGUGCAAUGUCUUGUCACCUUGGCUGUUUUGAUCAAGGUUUCUGCCUCCCUCCCUCCCCAGUCUGUUGUUUCAACCCUUGCAGUCUGUGUAGGCAUUAAUUUAUUCUCUUUUAUUGUUUCUAUGACCUUUACUCAGGAAAAUAGAAGUAAUUUUUGAUAACAAUGUAUUCUCAGUUUCCAAUUAUAAAAUGUGUCUUUCAAUAAAAACUUUUUUUUUUACUCGA